AUGGCUUCUUACGACGGAAUCGACUCCUUAAAGAGUUUUUUCAGAAACGAGUCGCUCAAUAAGAUUGCUAUUUCUAGGGCUUUUCAUGAACUAUGGAAACGAAAUGAUAUACAGUCGGAAGAAAAUGAUUGUAACUGUCUUUUAGAGAUUUUAAAGGAGUUAAUGGCAGAAAAUCUAGAUAGUGAUAGGAAGCAACAUCUCAUAUCAUUACAAGAUAUCGUUAAGAUACAUAUGCGAAAUUUAUGGAAAGAAUUGAAAAUAUUAGUAGAUGAGGAUUUGAUUCGGUUUGAGACUGAUGAACCUCCAGAUUGGAAAGUACAUGCCAUCCGUAACAUCGGCAAUAUAAAGGAUAGACUACAGAAAGCAAACACAUCGGUACAUGAACGUCUUCUCAAGGAAAUACAAGACGUAGAUAUUAAUGAUUUAACCUAUGAUGACCCGUUAGCUAAUGGUAUAGUUGACCUCGGAUCUUCACAAUACCAGUUAGUUGAUGAUGACUAUGACGUUCUUGUGGGUGAGAAAGGUGGCAUAAGGAAGUUAGGAAAAGGUGCUUUGAUAAAGAGUGUGUGCGUAAAUUACGUUACGAAAAGAAACGAAAUUCAAACCGAGUGCAAAUUCGUCAUUGCACCUUCAGAAACGACAAGGCACAAGAACUGGGUUGAGGGCGAAAUCAACAGAGCACAAAUAGCAACAAAUAUAACAGACACUCUUUUGCAAGAAAUUAAAAGGAAUGUUCUUCAUAAAAUUUCCAAAGCUUCAGAGAAUGCUCUCGUAGACGUUGUAGCACGUCUUAUGGAGGCAUCUAUAUAUCAAAUGCCAAUUGACUUGGAUAUCGAAGUGACGAGAAAUGAUCGUCAGAGUGAUGCCAGCAAAAAAAGAAAAAAUCGACAAGUAUCCGGCUCAAGAGGCAACAAGCCAGACUUAAUGAUUAGAGCAUUUUUCAAAAAAAAGUGGAACGAAAUCGCAUAUAUCGAAAGCGGAAAAUGGAAAUCGACAGAUACAAAAACCCAUAAUGAUCAUAAAAAGUUGGCUCGUUUCACCACAGACGGGUAUACCGAUAUGUCGAAAAAGACUAAAAAGAAUAAGCUAUAUAAAUUCUGCAUUGUAUUUGGUAUAAAUAUUACAGAUGACCACUGUGUUGAUAUAUACGGAUUGUUACGAGAAAAAGGUAUAAAGUUUUACCUCCCUAUCAUAAAAGCUAAGAUUCCUUUACAUAAAGAAACUGUGGAUAAAGUUGAAGAAUUUGUGCAUGCCUUACUAAUUUUGCGGAACGGAAUACUGGUAACUCUUCAUGAAUUCAUUCAGAUUUUAUUAAAGAACUCUAGGUCAGCCACUGAACAACAUGAUUCUUCCGAAAAAGAUUCUUCUGAAGAAGAUUCUACCAUUAGGACCCCAUAA